AACCCCAGUGCCCAGUGCCCUCUCCCAGCUCCACACACCAGCAUCACCCAUCGCAGCGUGCAGCCCUGAGAUUUGUGCUCAGGACCACACCUCAUCUGGGACGAACCUAUUGAAAGGGAGUUUGACUGACAGAGAAGGCUUUCUUCAGGUCUAUUUCUUACCAAAGUCCCCAUUUUGCUGGACUGGCUCAGAACUAGAAAUUCAUACAAUCUAUCAUAAUUAAGACAUUCACUUUAAGCCCUGCAUGAGUCAACCGCUGUAAAGAUACAGGAGUUUUCAGCAGGAAUAUAUGAUUACAGAGCUGUUCCAGGAGCUCUGCUAAUCAGCACAGUAUCUGCUUGAACACCUGUACAACAGCUCAGAGAAAGCAAUAAAGAUAAAAACAGCUUCAAGACUGUGAAGAGCAGGUGCAAUUAUGGUCAUACUAUUAAUACUCAGCUUGGUGAUAGUGCACAAGAGUCUCAUCAGAGAAGACAUCAGGGACUACAGAUGCCACGUGGGAAACGCCUGGGCAGCCGGCCGCGUGCGAAACCUGGAUGUCUUCCUGCAAGCCCCUGGGAUAGCUGAAACCAGAGAGACAUUAAGUAGAAACCAUAAAGUUACAUUUCUGGAAUGCUUUAGUCAUCAAAGCUCUGUGCAAGUAAAUCUGCUGCACCUGGGGAAGAUGCACAGAGAUUUGACAGAGUGGGUAGCAGAGGAAUGCACUGUGGAGAGCCUGCAGGUCAUCCCCAGCACAGCCAGGGGCACCAACCACACCUGUGUCUUACGGACAUCCACGAGAAGGCAGUUCCAUAGAAGAUUUAUUUUCAGAAGCAAAGUGUUUCUGGCAGUGAUUUCGAAUCACACUAUAACAGCAACACCACUCAAGCAGAAAGCUUUUUCCAAUGGCUCAUCUACCCCACGCGUGCACCCAGUGCAGCAGACCUCCCAAGAGAGAAUUCCAUCCGCAAAUGGCAAAGAUUUGCUGAUCAAACAAAAUAUAGCUAUCAUCAUGAAAGCGUUCAUCGUUUGCAUCCUGUUAGCUCCCGUGAUAUGCUAUAUCAUGUUUUUCAUACAUGAAAUAAGCCACUUGUGCUCGUGCCGUGACUGGAUUGGCAGCAGAUGGAGCAGAAGCAAGUGCAUAUCUGCAGCCUCCACCCCAGUGGAUCGCCAGUCAGGAACACUCUCAGCCCAGCUACCUGAGAACAGAAAGAAGAAGCCAGUGCUAUGUUUUGCCUGACUCCCAGAAUCCCUUCCACAGAUCCUUACAUGAGAAGAUUCCAAUUAUUGUUAUCCACAAAACCUACUUAAGAAAUGCAGGCGCUAGAGAAACACCCUUUUACCAACAAAAAAUGCAUCGUCUUCCUCUUCACCACUUACUGGGAACAGCAGAUUGGACAUCAGCAGCUUAAAUAACCACAGCUUCAACAGCUGCAGACUGAAACCAGACAUCAGAAGCAACAUUUACCUGGUUAGGAGCAAUCACAUCAAUUCACUGCAAAAUGAGGUGCUGUGAAGACACCCACAUGCUGAUUCCUUCCAUUAACUACCUGGAUUCAUGUUUUAAUUCCCAGAUACUAGAAAAACCUGUUGGCAUAAGCAAUAAAUAUUUCAUUGACAUUCCAAA